AUAGACACAUUCGACAACUUUUUAAUUCCCUAAAAAUAACUGUUCUUAUCUAUGAUUACCAGACUGUUAAAUUAUUCUUCUUCCAACAAAAGUAAAUCACUGAGAAUUAUUAACACAAGCAAUCAGCUGUAUAGUGUUGUCAUUUCAAUUUUGUUGUUGGAGAAAAUUUUUAUGUAAACAAUAGUUUUUGAUAGAAUAGAACUAUAAUAUUUAUAUUUAAAUGAAUACAAAACGUAAAAUUUGGCGAAAGAAUUUAUACGAAAAUGAGGAUUAUCCAGACAAUUAUACAGAUCCAACAUUUUUAAAAGAUUUAAAGACCAAUUUGCAUGUACAGUUUUACACACUUAAUGAAGUCAUCCAAGGAGUUACAGUCCUCAAUAAUCAGAUAUCAUGUAUUACAGCAUUUCUAAUCAUAUUUUAUGCAAUGUACAGUGAAAAGGCAUCACCCACGGAUAUACUAUGGCCAAGUUUUCUUUUGACCAUUGUCGGUUAUAUUUAUUUUCGCCGAAAACAUUUCAACCUAGCAAUCGUUGUGGAGGAUUCAAAAACAUUGCUGGCGGUACUGCUGUUUGGUUAUCUUUUUGCUCCUAUAUUACACACUCUUACAGAUGCAGUGUCCACAGAUACAAUUUUUUCCAUGACAUUUAUUGUGAUGUUUUUGAAUUUGAUAUUUUGCGAUUAUGGACUUUCAGUGGCAAUGGUUUCUAAGACAAUAUCUUUGAAUGCGGCUAUAUUUGGAUCGAUAUGCCUAGCAUCCCGUUUAUCAACAUCAUAUCAUGCCUUCGUUUUAUUGGUAGAGGCAGCAAUAUUUUUCGUCUUGUAUCCUAUAGUGACGAAGGAAUAUUGGCGUUAUUAUAUGUUACUGCCUAUUUUUGGGGGUUGCAGUUAUUGCCUGUAUUAUAUAUCGGUCAAUGUGUUAUGGAUUUAUGUUUUCGUGACAUUAUUCAUUAAUAUCCUGUGCCCAUGCAUUUUUGUUCUACAACAACGACAUAAACAUAAUAUCCAUGGACCCUGGGAUGAGGCAAUCGUUGAAGAGACCACCGAUGAUAAUAUUGAUAUCAAAUUAUAGCACUUAUUAAAUCCUAUAUAAUUUUUUAUGUUAUAAGUUAAUAAAAAUCUAAGAAAUGCUCUAUGUAAAUAUAAUGUCCCUAAUGAAAAAAAUCAAAAAUACAUUCAAGGGUAGUACAUAAACCGCCGAACAGAGUUGAAUAUACAUACAUGGAAAGUUCACAUGUCCAAGGUCAGCAAAAUUCUGUUUAUUUCUCAAAAUAUUAAUGUAGUAAUGUAAUGUAAAGUGGAAACACUUUUUCUUUGAACCUGAACAAGUUUAUACAUUGCUUUGAAAAGUUGAAAUUAAUUCUACUUUUAAUCGACGAAAUACUGUUAAAAGACAAAUUAUUCCAUAUUUACAAAAUUAUAAUGGUGAAUACCAAUUUUUAAAUUCCAAUUUGUUUUAUUAUUUCAUUUUGUUUUUUAUUUUUUCUGCAAAAAUGGAGUUCAUAUACAGAAAUACAUGGAGAUGUAUAUUAAGAAAAAUAUAAGAGGAAUAAAACAGGAAUUCUUUAACAUAGGAAAAAAAGUUAUAUAUGAAAUAGAUAUUAAAACAAAAAACAAAGAUAAAGAUACAUAUGUAUAUUAUAUUACAAAUAUAUUAUUGAUACUUAUAUAAAAAAUAAUUUUAAACACACAGCAUUGUAUAAAAUAAAAUAGUGUGAAAAUCACACUUGAUCACUUUAUAUCAAAUUAAUAAACAAAUGAAAAAAAAUAAUUUAAACUAGAAAAUAACAGAAACUUUUUGUUAUUGUUUUUAUAGAAUAAUUAUACUUAUUUUAAAUAUAAAAACAAUUUUGGUUUAUAGUAACGUUAUUAUUUGUUUUUUUUUAUUUUUGUUGGUUUUUGAUUUUAACUAUAAUAACUAGAGUUAACAUAACAAUUUAGUUAUUUUUGUUGUUGUUAUUUAAUUAAUUUUAAUAAAAUUUAUACUACACAAAA